AUGGCAGAUGCCAGCUGUGCCGACGUCAUGGAGGAGAUUCGUGCACGCGUGACCUCCGACUCCUGGGUCGAUCCUCAUAACAAAGGAACCUACACUCUCCUGUCUGAGGCGAAGGACGAGCUCGACAUCCAGCGCGUCACUGGAAACAAAAAGUACACGGACAAGAUCAUCUUUUCCUUCUCGGACUUCGGUGGGGCGAAGCCGGCUUGCGGCAUCAGCGCCUGCUCAGAGUCCCAGGGUUUCUCGAUCGGUGACUUUUCCACCAACUACUGCAACAUUCGCAACCUCUAUUGCGGGAAGGAGGACGGAUGCGUGGCUGUCAAGAAGUCCUUUGGGACCAGCGAGACGAAGAUCGACCACAACUUCGGUGCGGGCGAAGACAAGAAGGCAUUCCGAAAUGGGGUUUAG